CUUCAACACAUUAACUCUUCUUUCUUUCUUUCUUUCUUUUGUCUCUCUCUCUAAGUUAUAGCUAUGGUGUUUCCAGAGCUUCUAGUGAUUCUAGCAGAAUGGGUUCUUUACCGUCUUCUUGCUAACUCAUGUUACAGAGCUGCAAGAAAGCUUAGAGGCUAUGGUUUUCAGCUUAAAAACUACUUAAACCUCUCCAAAUCACAAUCUUUACACAACACUUCUCAUCAUCAUGAUCACCACCACCACCAACAGAAUCAAGAUUCUCUAAACCCUCUCUUCCCAAGCAUUACAAAGUAUCAAGAACCUCUAGAUGAAAACAGAGGAUGCUCUGUUUCUGCUGAAGACACCUUGGUUUGUGACAUCGAUGGUGUUCUUUUGAGACAACAGUCGAGCAAACACUUCCACGUGUUCUUUCCUUACUUCAUGCUCAUAGCCUUUGAAGGAGGUUCUAUCAUCAGAGCGGUCUUUCUUUUGUUCUCUUGUUCUUUCCUAUGGGCUUUGCCACAAGAAACCAAACUCAAAGCUCUCACUUUCAUAACGUUCUCUGGUCUUAAAGUCAAAGACAUGGACACCGUUUCAAGGUCGGUUCUACCAAAGUUCUUCCUCGAGAGCUUGAAUCUCCAAGUUUACGACGUAUGGGCUCGAACUACGUACUCUAAAGUCGUGUUCACGAGCUUGCCUCAAGUGAUGGUGGAGAGGUUUUUGAGAGAGCAUCUCAACGCUGAUGAUGUGAUUGGGACUAAGUUGCAAGAGAUAGAAGUUAUGGGGAGGAAAGUCUACACCGGCUUAACUUCAGGGGAUGGUUUUGUAAUGAAACAUAAAGCUGCCAAAGACUAUUUCUUUGAUAACAAGAAGAAGAAGCCUGCACUUGGUAUUGGAAGCUCUUCAAGCCUUCAAGAUCACACCUUCAUCUCCAUUUGCAAAGAAGCAUAUCUUUGGAAUGAAGAAGAGUUCAUGAACAAGAACAACACUCUACCUAGAGAAAGAUACCCAAAGCCACUGAUAUUCCAUGACGGGAGAUUAGCUUUCUUGCCAACACCAUUAGCUACACUCGCUAUGUUCACAUGGCUCCCUAUUGGAUUCUUCCUAGCUGUCUUCAGGAUCUUGAUAGGAGUCUUGCUUCCUUACCAUGUAGCCAACUUCCUGGCUGCUAUCUCCGGUGUUAGAAUCACUUUCAAGACGCAUAACUUGCACAACGGUCGUCCAGAGAAAGGUAAGAGUGGGGUCUUGUAUGUAUGCAACCAUAGGACCCUUCUUGACCCUGUUUUUCUCACCACGUCUCUCGGCAAGCCGUUGACCGCGGUUACUUACAGCCUAAGCAAGUUCUCUGAGCUCAUAGCGCCUCUCAAGACCGUUAGCCUCAAGAGAGAUAGGAAGAAAGAUGGUGAGGCGAUGCAUAGACUGCUAAGCAAAGGAGACCUAGUGGUUUGUCCUGAAGGAACCACUUGUAGAGAGCCUUAUCUACUGAGAUUUAGUCCAUUGUUUGCUGAGUUAACAGAGGACAUUGUUCCAGUGGCUGUAGAUGCUAGAGUGAGCAUGUUUUAUGGGACAACAGCGAGUGGACUCAAGUGUUUAGACCCUAUCUUCUUUCUCAUGAACCCUAGGCCGGUUUACUGUCUUGAGGUUUUGAAGAAGUUGCCUAAAGAGAUGACUUGUGCUGGAGGCAAGUCAAGCUUUGAAGUUGCAAAUUUCAUACAGGGAGAACUUGCUAGAGUUUUGGGAUUUGAGUGUACUAAUCUCACAAGGAAGGAUAAGUACUUGGUUCUUGCUGGAAAUGAAGGCAUUGUCACAUAAAAUAAUCAGUUUUUUGUUUUGUUUUGUUUGUUUAAUAGUUUGAAUGUUGUUAUUUUCAGGACUUAGAUGUUUUAAUUCCUAUAUGGUUGAUUCCUUGGCAUCUUUUUUUUCUUUCUCAGGACUAUUGAUAUGUUAUGGGAAUGUUUGGUUAUACAUAGUCUUUGUUUCUUGAUUUGUUUAGUCCAGAACCAAAACAUGUCACUUUAAUGCCA